GCUACAAAGCGCGCUCUCGCGCUCAUUAAAACUGAUUAAAGUCACCUGGAGGCGCGCGCGGCCGCUUUAGCGGGAGUAAUCGUGGUCAGGAACUGUUUGUGCACGAGGAGUUCGGUUCUGUUGGGUUCGGCGGGAUGCAGAAAGGCCUGAAGAAAUACUUCGUGAAUAUGGACGAGUACCUGUCCAGUCUGGGUCUGUACCGGAAGAUGGUUGCGCGGGACGCGUCCAGUCUGUUCCGGGCCGUGUCCGAGCAGCUUUAUUACUCUCAGAACUACCAUCAGAAGAUCCGGCAGGACUGCGCCAACUUCAUGAGGAUCAACAGAUGUAACUUUGAGCCGUUUGUGGAAGGAUCCUUUGAGAAAUACUUGGAGCGUCUGGAAGACCCAAAGGAGACAGUGGGUCAGGUGGAGAUCAAGGCUCUGUCUCAGCUCUACAGGCGGUGCUUCCUGAUCUACCGUUAUCCCGGGAAACCAGCCACAGUCAUCUCAGAGAAUGACUUUGUGGAUAAGGUAACCCUGUGCUGCUCUAUCAACGGUCACUAUGACAUCAUCUACGGGAGGAGCUACCCCGCCUCGGCAGCGCUCUGCCAGUCUCUGCUCUACGAGCUGCUCUACACUCAGGUGUUCGGCGUGGAGGGGGCGGAGCUCUGUCAGGCCAUGGACGCCUUCAGGGCGGGAGGUCGGCGCUAUAGAAACAGUCCGUCUGUGUGCAGCGACGUCGAUGUGAGCUUCGACACGCCAGAGGACCGAGUACACAGGGAAGAGGUGGAGGUGGGGGGCGCAGCAGAAGAGACCAAGGCACUUGCUGAAGCUCCUCCCACCUGCAGACUGUCUUUGCCCUACAAGGUUCUGAAGUCUCUGGAUGGAGACGUUUACCGGAACCUGGAGUUCGAUGUGUGGCAGGACACCUGCAAAGAGAUGCAGAAGACGGACUACAUGGUGUUUGCAGGUCGGCAGUACUUCCUGGGAGACAAGUGCCAGGUCCGUUUGGAACCAAAGGGGAAAUACUACAACGCCUUCAUCCAGGAAGUGGGAACUCACUCUACAGCCGUCACAGUAUUUAUUGAGGAGCUGGGAGAAAAACACUUGGUCCCACUGACGGAUCUGAAGCCGGUGAACCCAGUUCCUGCGUGGAACGUGGCAGCGCCGGCCAGGAAGGGAGACCUGGAUCCAGAGUCUCGAGGUCAACGGCACCAACGCCAUCGCUACUUCAGGAAGUCUCGAGGCAACGGUGGCGUGAAGGCGGCGGAGUUGCUGAUGCCACCGUCUGUCUCUUAUGGAGGGCCGGGCCCCGCCUCUCUGCCUCCUCGCUUCCAGCCUGCAGGUCAUCCUCGCCCCCCCCUUCCUCCCUCACCGGGGGCCAUGACGUUUGACCACUACGUCCCCCAACACCACCACCCUCCUGCAUCCAGAGCCUCGCGCUACGGCGUAUCCAGUUCUGCACGUUUCCUGAACCGUCAGCUGGUCGGUCCACAGCUGACGUAUUACCACCCAGGCAGAAGAUAUUACCAUGACUACGAGAACUACGCCUUCAGGCCUCGGCGCAGCCGGCGCCACCUGCUGGUCAAUAAGGAAUGUCAGUUCGGGUUUCCUGCAGACGGCGUGGAGGAAACGGCCGACCUGGACCCACCGAUUGCUUACUACCAGCUGGAAGAUGCCAAUGAAGCCAUCUUCCCUCCCCUGCCGGCCACGGCCGUGGCUCCGCCCAGCACCAUGGGAGACCCGCCCCCCCCCACAGGCUCUUCCUACAGAGUGCAGAGGACCUCAGGGGUCCUUCCACCGGUGUCCCCCCCUGGAAACACGCCGGUCUGCUCGUCCUCAGAGGACCAGGAGGACGCCAGCACCGUGGAGGACCAGACCGAGUACACGGAGGAGUAUGUGUACGGCACUCAGGAUCAGUGCUACCAGACAUCAGGUGUUUACACAGCCGCUGAGCCCACCUCCACUCAGGACGGACAGGAAAGAGGCUCCACCGACUCUCCAAGCAGAGCAGACAUGCCCUACAGCUACACUCCACAGGUCGUGAAGCCGAUGCAGGUCAUCUGCUCCUCCCCCUCUUCCUCCUCCUCAUCGCCUCCUUCGCCGUCUCGAGUCCCUGCAGCUCCUCACCUGCCACCAGCUGCACAUGCCCAGACGCGCCCAGUGGCCAUGACCAUCUCUGCGUCUGCUCCCUGGUUGGUUAACGAGUUGGGGGAGCCUCUCUGCACGGUGGUGGCUCAGCCCCCUUACUCCUACGACCCGAACGGCAGUGAUUUACCUCGAGACUGCAGGGUCCUUCAGUACUACUACAACCUGGGGGUUCAGUGGUACCAUCAGAGCUGCUGGCAGCAGCAGCAGCAGGUGUACGCGCCCAGCUCACCUGACUCAGCCUAUCCCUACCAACACUACCCCCCCUACCUGAGCCAGGAGCCCCCUCCCCAUGCUACUGCUCCAUCUUUCCCUGAGACGGGCCGUGGGGCGCAUCUGCCGCCGCCCUCUUACCCAGAAUCCUCCAGAGUAGCAGACGGCCAGCCGGAGGGCCACGGCGGCGGACCAGCCCCCCCAGUGGAAGGACCGUCCUCAAUCAUCAACCCAGCAUCUCCAGGCUCUGCUCCUUCUGCACUCGUCUAUCCAGAUCAGUCAGCCCUCCCUCCCCCCACAUUACUGCACCUGCCGUUUGAAGCUCCGCCCCCUGCUGGUUACCUGCCUGCAGCUCCCCACCCUCCCCACCUGCCUCAUCACUCCUCCUACCAUCAUUGUCUUCCCACUUCUGCUCACUGGGGGCCACUGCCAACGUCAGGACACUCCCCGCGGGUUUACUGCCCGGCCCCCAAUCCGGCUCAUGUGGUUGGUUACAUCACUGCCCCGCACCCUCACCAUGCAGCCACACACUACAUCCCCCCCUCCAUGUAGACGUUAGCUCAUGGCUAACCGCACCCUUUGGUCUCUAUAGCUUGCACUAGCAGCUUGUUAAAUUUUAUGUUCAUGGAUUUUUCUCAGAACUAAGAAAAGUGAAAAGAUUUAAAAAGUUGAUGUCAAUUCAGAAAACUGUUCAGUGCUAACAUGUUAGCUUCAGAUUACACAAUGUCAGUUAGCCGUUAGCUUGUUGCUAAAAUUAUAAUAUUCCUGCUCAUGAUAAAAGUUACAAAGAGUUAAAACUAAAAACAUUAGAUAAGAUUCACAUAAGGUGCUACAAGGACUACCAAUUUGCUCGCUACAAACUUUUAGGACGUCCUGUUAGCGGCGCUGAUUUACUUUUAGCACGUCCUGUUAGCGGUGCUGAUUUACUUUUAGCGUGUCCUGUUAGCGGCGCUGAUUUACUUCUCAAACAAUUCUGCCUGGGUCACUUCCCGUUCAGAAUUAUGAUUACAUGUAGAAGAUGGAAGAAUCCUGCUGUAGUUAGGUUGUCCUGUUUGGUUUUAUUUGUGAUGUUUAAUGGCUUUGUUCUGAACAUCAGCCAAUCAGUGUGGGAGGCGGGGCUAAUUUAGGGUGGGGAUAAUUCCUUAACGUUAUGAAGGGAUCUCUUUGUGUUUUGUUCAAACUGGUCUUUGUUUCGGGUGAAUAAAUGUUUUUUCCACCAGCAAAUCAUGAUCUGUUUAUUUGCGAGCUGCUUCCUGGGAUAAUCUGUGGGAAUUAUAAUGUAGAGCGGUUUGCUAAUGAGGGAGCUACGAAACUAUUUCCUGCUCACCUGCUGAGCUCGUUAAACCGUUAAGGUCCAGUUCCCCCCCUUCUGCUGUCUGAAUUAUUUUCUAAAAUGUCUUGUUCAAAAUGCUAAAAGGUGACAACAAUCUCUGUUCAUAUUAGCCAAGCCAACUUUAUUCAUGAGCACUUUAAAAACAGCCCAGCUGAACAAAUAUAAAAAGGAUACAUAAACACAUAAGAGAUGUUACAAGCAACGAGAGUAAAAUACCAU